AUGGCUCUAAAAUAUCAUUCAAUUGAAAAUGCUUACGAACUUGACCAGCGUGAUGGCAGUGAACAUAGAGUUCGCUAUCCCACUUAUAAUGAUAAUGACUAUGACUUAGAUUUCUAUAGAUCAUUUUUCCGACCGUCAAUAAAAGAAGUGUUAAUAAUAUUAUUGAUGAUGUUUUUAAUAUUUGAAAUUAUGGUUACUUCUUUGCCGCUAAUUGAUGUACGAGAAGCGUCCUUGAAUGACGAAAACGAAGGCUUAAUAAUAGCGAACCAUGGUGCUGUCGCCUCGGAAUUAGAUAUUUGUUCACAUAUUGGAGUUGAUGUAAUGAAAGAAGGAGGCUCGGCGGUUGACGCGGCAAUAGCAACUGAGCUAUGCAUUGGUUCUAUAAAUGCAUUCUCGGCUGGAAUUGGAGGGUACGGAAAGUUGCCCUGGCGAAGAUUGUUUGAGCCUUCGAUCAAGUUAUGCCGUGAUGGAUUUCCCGUGGGUCCAGAAUUAGCUAUAAGGCUAAAGAUGUAUAAAUCACUAAUGGAAACUGAUCCUGCCUUUCGAUCGAUUUACGCUCCCUCGGGACGUAUCCUCGAGGAAGGUGAGAUGGUAUAUCGACGAAAUUUUUCCAGGUCACUGGAAAUCAUAGCUGACAAUCAUACGGAAUUUUAUGAGGGUUCGAUUGCCAAAUCUUUGAUCAGAGAGAUAAAUUCACAAGGUGGCAUAAUGACCGCGCGUGACUUUGCAAAUUAUAAACCAAUCGUAAGGGAACCCAUCGUUGGAUUCUAUCGUGGGCGAAAAGAACAUACAUUCGGUCCAGAAUACUACCACCCGGUUUUCGAUUCCAUCGAGGAUCAUGGUACCACGCAUAUAUCGGCAGUGGACAAAUCGGAGAUGUCCGUGUCUUUUACUUCAACAGUCAAUCUAAUUUGGGGGGCGCAAGUGAUGGACCCGAUCACCGGUAUUAUCUUGAACGACGAGAUGAAUGAUUUUUCAAUACCCGGUUUACCAAAUGCAUUUGGAUUAUGGCCCUCUCCGUAUAAUUUUGUUGCACCUGGGAAGCGACCACUAUCAUCGACUGUACCCACAAUUGUAGAGAGAGAUGGAAAAUUUGAAUUAGCACUUGGCGGUAGCGGCGGUACACGUAUUCUCACCGCUGUAUUACAG